AACAGCUGCCGCUGACGCUCAAGCUUGUGAUGAGGCGGAGAUAUCGCGACUUGCCAGUAUGAGCUACAGCUGGAAGAAUUCGCGCCCCUCUAGCACGACAAGCUCAAGCAGAUUUGGCCGAGACACUGGACGGUCAUCAUUGAGUGGAGUGGGUAGCUCGACGCGUCCGUCUGCGAGCAGUAGAUAUGGUACCGACGACAGAAAGUCAAGCUACAGCACAACGAGUGACAGAAGGCCAAGCUACAGUACCCUGAAAGAUGAUAAGGGUUCCAGUUACUCAUCAAGACGAGACGACAAGCCGAGCUACAGUUCGACAAGUGAUAGAAGACCAAGCUAUAGUACACUCAAGGAUGAUAAAAGCUCUUCGAGCAGUGAUCGAAGGCCAAGUUACAGUUCGCUGAAUGAUAAAAGGCCAAGCUAUAGCUCGACAAAGGAUGACAGAAGGCCGAGCUAUACUUCACUAAGUGACAGGCGACCAAGUUACGCUUCAGAUAAGAGUGAUUCCUCGAGAUCAAGUUACCUCGACCGUUCACCUUCGCGAUCCAGGUAUGGAAGAAGCGACGAUACUUCGAGCAAAUAUGGAUUGGACGAUAAGAAAGAAAAUGGUACCGAAAAGUCAGGGAGUUCGUAUCCUUCUUACAGAAGCAGAUACGGUUUGGGAGAUGAUGAUGAAAAGAAGAAGGAGAAAGAACGGCUUAACGGUUUAGAUAAAGAAGCAGAGAAAGAAGACGAAGAAGAAGAGGAUGAGGAAGAGGAGGAGGACGAGGAAGAGGAAGAGGAUGAAGAUGAGGAAGAGCUGUCUGCUGAAGAAGCCUCGAAUAAGGUGACCUCGCCCAAAAAGGUGCCUGAUGAGAAAGCACCAAAAGAUAAUAAAAGCGAUAUUGCAAAAAAUAUCCCUAAAGUGCUGAUCGCAGAGCCAUCAAUGGACGACGAAGAAGAGUUAGAGGCUGAACCACUUGAUGACGAAGAGGAACCUACAAAAAAGCACCCAAAACCUUCUUUCAAAGAUUCUAAAGAUUUGCCCGAAAAGUUGCCGAAAAAAGGCCCUAAAGAUCAACUAAAGAAAUCUCCUAUCAAAAUGGAACCAGUUGACGAAGAAGAGCUUGACGCAGAACCAAUCGAUGAUGACAAACCCUCCAAGAAAGCACCAAAACCUUCAUUCAAGGAUCCAAAGAAAACCCCAGAAAAGCCAGCAACGAAACCGAAAAAACCGAGUGACGAUGAAGAACUGGAUGUGGAGCCGCUUGAUGAUGAUGCUCCCUCCAAAAAGACACCAAAGCCUUCAUUCAAGGAUCCUAAGAAAGCUCCAGAAAAGCCAACGAAACCAAAAAAGCCUGCUGAUGAAAAAGAGCUCGAUGUGCAACCAUUGGACGAUGAAGUUCCUACCAAGAAGACCCCGAAACCCUCGUUUAAAGAUCCGAAAAAGGCACCGGAGAAACCGACAAAACCAAAGAAGCCAGCAGAAGAAGAAAUCGACGUUGAGCCACUUGACGAUAAACCUACCUCCAAAAAGCCGCCUAAACCCUCAUUCAAAGAUCCUAAAAAGGCUCCAGAAAAUUCAGCGAAACCAAAGAAACCGGCCGAUGAGGAAGAAUUGGAAGCUGAGCCCAUCAGCGAUGAACCGCCCAAGAAGUCUCCCAAACCUUCGUUCAAGGACCCGAAAAAACAGCCUGAAAAGCCAAAAGCAAGUAAAAAAGAACCAGGUGAUGAAGAGGAACUGGAUGCGGAACCAGUGGAUGAAGCUCCCAAGAAGAAAACUCCGAAACCCUCAUUUAAAGAACCGAAAAAAGUGCCAGAAAAACCGACGCCUCGAAAAGAGCCAGAUGAAGAAGAACUGGAAGCAGAGCCUCUAGACGAUGCACCCUCGAAGAACACGCCGAAACCUAAGUUUAAAGUUCCUGAGAAGCCUGUGAAAAAAGAUGACGCAGCACCGAAGGUUCCUGAAAAGGCGAAACCUGCUCCCAAGCCAGCAGAUGCAAAAAAGUAUCCCAAACUGAAAGAACCCGAUGAUGAACCAGAAGCAGGCGCUACUGUUCCACUACCAAAGAAGAAGCCAGCUGGAGAUACGGAGCUACCAGCAGAACCUACUGACGGUCCAUCCAAAAAGAAGCCCACGCCGUCAUUCAAAGAUCCUAAGAAAGAGCCUGAAAAGCCUACUGGAAAAAUGCCAGGAAAGACCAAACCGGCUCCAGACUCUGAACUGCCAGCGGAGCCUCUCGACGGCCCCACGAAGAAAAAGCCCAGUCCUUCUUUCAAAGACCCCAAGAAGGAGCCUGAGAAGCCUACUGGAAAGAGCCCAGCUUCCAAAGCACCAAUGGAUCCUAAAAAGUUCCCGAAACUGAAGGAACCUGAUGAUGAACCAGAAGCGGACGCAACUGUGCCUCUUCCGAAAAAGAAACCGAAUGAAGAUACCGAACUUCCAGCAGAACCUCUUGAUGGUCCCUCCAAAAAGAAGCCAACCCCGUCAUUUAAGGAUCCUAAAAAAGAGCCGGAAAAGCCUACGGCAAAAAAGACCAAACCAGUCCCAGACUCUGAACUUCCCGCGGACCCCCUUGACGAACCUAUCGAUGGUCCCACCAAAAAGAAACCCGCACCGUCAUUCAAAGACCCCAAAUCCCCUGGCAAAAAUGAGCCAUCCCCCAAGAGUAAACCAAAGAUUCCAAAACUAGUAGAACCAGAUGACGAGCCUGAAACAGAUGCAACCUUCCCACUGAAAAAGAAACCGGAUGACGAAGAUGAGCCUGAAGAUGAACCUGAAGAUGAGCCUGAAGAUGAGCCUACGAACAAGAAACCUACGAAAGCUCCAAAAAAGCGUAGACCAACUUCAAAGACUCCUAGGUAUCCUAAACUGAAAGAUCCUGAUGAUGAACCUGAAGUUGACGGAACCUUCCCACUUGGGAAGUCACCGAAUGAUGAUGAAGAGCCAGAGCCUAAUGAUGAAGACUCUCCUCCUAAACCAAAGAAAGCAAAGCCAAAGCGUAAGCCUGCUGUCGCCAAACCAAAAUGGACACCUGCGAUAAAACCUCCAGAGGAGCCCAUACCAAUGCCUCCAAAGGAGAAGACAAUCGCAGAGCGAAACAAGGAAGAAAAGAUAAAACCCACUGACAGAUAUGCGAGGAAACCUAAAUCACUAGAUGUCUAUAUACCUUUCGUCAUCCCCUGGGAACAAACACCAGCAAUCAUGACUCAGGAAGGUAUGGGUGCUUUCGGAACGGCGAGAAAUAUUGCAAUCGAUGUCGAUCACGGCGCCACGGAACUAAAACAGGGGGCCCUAAAAUCUGAAGAAGUUCUGCCGCUACUGAACGACGCUCGUAGCUGCGCCAACCGAUCAGGGAUGUUGCCUUUCGGAGUUAAAAGGAGCACGGUGAACGAUGUGAUUGAUAGUCAUACCUAUGCCAAUCAGGAAACCAGCAGCUCUGAAGGUAUUAUACCACUUCUUAGUCGUGGAGCCGUUAAACAUGGUAACUUUACAUUUGGCGAUCUGCGUAACCAGGUAGCCAACGUAAAAUAUACCGAUGCCAUGGAUCCGGGUAUGGAUAAGCAGUCUCAUGGCUUUGUAUCGCGACAGUUUGUGGCGAAUACAAAGGAAAGCUGUGGAACAAAUGUUAUGGAUAGGAGAAGAGGAGAGGGCAAUUUUGGAAAUUCCUGA